UGUAUGGUAUGGGCGUCUCCUCAGAUUCCUCCACUCGUGUCCAGAUAACAGCAGAGCAGAAUCUACCGUAGCAAUGGCCACAAGGUUGCCGCACCGCUGGAUGCUGGUCCUGCUGCUGUUCCAGCUCCGGCUGCUCCAGCCCUGCCUCGCUGCCACGCCGCCGGUGAUCACCACGAACGCCGUCACGAGCCUGCCCGGGUUCAGCGGCCCCCUGCCAUUCUCCCUCGAGACAGGGUACGUGGAGCUCGACGACGACGGCAUCCGCUUCUUCUACUACUUCAUCCAGUCGGAGCGCAGCCCGGAGGACGAUCCCGUGCUGCUCUGGCUGACGGGUGGGCCUGGAUGCUCCGCUCUCUCCGGCCUCGUCUACGAGGUCGGACCUCUGGCUUUCGACUUCCAUGGCUACCGAGGAGGGUUGCCUACUCUGCUAUAUAGACGAGACUCUUGGACUCAGGUUAGCAACAUCAUCUUCGUGGAUUCUCCAGCAGGGACUGGCUUCACCUACGACCCCACAGACAACAAAUUGAUACCCAGUGAUACCAUUGUUGUUCGCCAGCUGCACACUUUCCUUGAAACGUGGUUUGAUGAGCACCCAAUGUUCUUGUCAAACCCGCUCUACAUUGCCGGCGAUUCAUACAGUGGCAUGAUCAUACCUUCUCUCACCAUUGAAAUUGCUAAAGGAAUUGAAUCCGGUGACCAGCGACUUUGUAACCUCAAGGGUUACAUUGCUGGUAAUCCAUUGACUGAAUUGGCACGGUUUGACGGCAAUUCUAAAUUUCCAUAUCUUCAAAGGAUGGGAUUUAUACCAGAUGAACUCUACAAGGUUGCUUUCGAGAGUUGUGGAGGGAAAUACAACAGCCCAUUGAAUGCUCUGUGUGCCAAGUCCGUCCAAUCAAUCCAUAAUCUCAUAAAGGAUUUAAAUGCUAUGCACAUUUUGGAGCCACCCUGUGAUACAUAUCCAAGCCUCAUUAUUCGCAAGGCGGCGUCUAAAGACAGAAGGAAACGGCUACUACAGUCUCCUGUUUCAUCUAUUUGUAGGAAUGCCACUUAUGUUCUUGCCGACUUGUGGGCAAAUGACGAAGCCGUGAGGGAGAGUUUGGGUAUUCACAAGGGAACGGUUCCAUCAUGGAGAAGACAUGCCCAUUUCCCUUACAUACAAGACAUUAACAGUACAGUGGAGUACCAUUUAAGCUUGAUCACCAAAGGAUAUCGAGCCAUGGUAUACAGUGGAGAUCAUGAUAGUGAAAUAUCUUUGAUCGGCACGCAAGCAUGGAUAAGAUAUCUUAAUCUAUCCAUCACAGAUGAUUGGCGACCAUGGUAUGUUGACGACCAAGUUGCAGGAUACACAACAACUUACUCCGGCAACUUGACAUACGCAACUGUGAAGGGUGCUGGCCACACAGCUCCGGAGUACAUGCCCCGAGAGUGUCUAGCUAUGAUUGAUAGAUGGCUUUCUGGCGAACCUCUUUGAUCGCUCGUUGUUAUGUACUACCCACAUAGGUUAAUCUAUAUGUCUGAGUAAAAUUAAACUAACACUGUUUACAAAAAGUUGUCGUGUAUUCGAACAUCAAUUUUUCAUGUAUCUCAAUAAAGCUGCAAUGUAUUUGGAUGAGAAGAACAUCGAAGAGAAAAGAGUGA